UCUACUCCUAGGCCUCAUGGUCUGCAGCCAACCCAGAGGCAGUACAGCAUCUCAGGAUAUCAUGAAAAACUUAACCAAAGGCUUCGGAAAAAUGUUAGAUGCGUGUAAAAAUGAACUGAACCUCGGGGAUCAUAUCAUCCAGGACUUUUACAACUACUGGAAGGAGGAGUAUGCGCUGGUGAACCGUGACGUUGGCUGUGCCAUCAUAUGCAUGGCGGCCAAGCACGACCUCAUCACCGAUGACAUGAAGCUGCACCAUGGAAACACCCAUGAGUUCGCCAAGUCUCACGGGGCUGAUGACGAGGUGGCCAAGCAGAUAGUGGCAAUGAUCCAUGAUUGCGAGACCAGCCACGCCAGCAACAACGACGACUGCAGCAAGACCCUGGAGAUCGCCAAAUGCUUCCGGACGAAGAUCCACGAGCUGAAGUGGGCCCCUUCCAUGGAGGAUAUCAUUGAGGAGAUAAUGACAGAUAUAUAA